AUGCCUAAAGUAAAAAGAAGUAGAAAACCUCCUCCAGAAGGCUGGGAACUCAUUGAGCCAACUUUGGAUGAAUUGGAUCAAAAAAUGAGAGAAGGUUUGCUAUAUAAUUUUGUUUGUCUGGAAUAUAAAUUCUAGAAAUUUAUUGUCUGGAUUUUCCAGAGCAAAGUUGUAGCAUUGGGAAAUGGAUUAUAUAUUUUUAUCUAAUUUGUCUGUGUAGCAAUGCAGCGAACAGAAAUUUAAACAGAAAACGUAGUAGUUUGUCAACUUGAGUGUAUUAAAAAUGUGUGGUUGUUGAACUUGAGUGUGUAUAAAUAUUAAAAUAUGAAAUACCAAAUACCUCACGGGGUGCUAAUUAAUUGAGUUUUGCUUUAUUUGUGAAAAUAAUGAUUUUUUUUGUAAAUAAUGAAAAUUCUAGGCGGUGACUUUUGAGGCAUGCGGGCGGUGGACGCAAAUCUAGGACUUUCAUAGACGCAAGUCUAUGGUCAGAAACAAAAAUCGUAGAAACAUACUGAUAUCGAAGGAACUAGACCGAGUUCUGAAACUGAGCUCUGAAAUAUUGUCUACUCGAACCGACUUGACCUUGUUGCUCAGUAGAUAAAGCAUUGGACUAGCAAACCAAACGUCGCGGGUUCGAUUCCCACAGCGAUCAAACAAACUUUUCAGCUUGCCCGGUGUGAACACACUCAGAGCACACAAAACCAUUAAUGUCCACCAUAUUCCUAGUGAUUGACCGAUUUUGUAACAAUCCGAAAUUACCGAUUAUUCAUGCCACAAUCUGCCAGAUACCGAUACCCAUUUUAAAAUGACGUCAUAAUAUCAGUCAUCCGAGUAAAGGUGGUGUAAUUCAUGUCGAACUUUUAAUAAUAAUUUCUAACGUAACAUGUUACUGCAACCAAAGAUUUAAAACUGUUAAUAAAUGGCACGCUUCACACACUAAUUUAACCCAUUUAACCACAAUGUGCUCCAGUGAGCCCUACUUAUUUUUUUUACUGUUUAAUGCCAGAUGAUUUUACUUGUCAAUGAGGAAGCUCUGCUGCUAAAUGGGUUAACCAAAAAAUCUGACAAUGUCUCUAGUUAACCCAUUGAUUGAGCCGCAGUGCGCCCUACAUGUACUUAUUUUUUUACUUGUCUAACGGCGGGGAAGCUCUGCAGCUUAAUGGGUUAAUAAACUGAGUUAAAAUGCAACAUGUAUCAACGUGCAAUGCGUAUAAUUUGUAAAGUGCGUAUUUUCUCAACAAUCGGUUUUAGACAAUUGGAAAUAUAGAUAAUGCUGCCAAUUGUCCACUGAUAAGGCGAAAAUCGGCCUGAUACUGAUACCAAUUAUUGGUCAAUCACUACAUAUUCCCCUUGACAACCAUAAUUGUCAACAUAAUGGGUUAAUCACAUAUUGAUAAUUUGUUUAACAUUUUCUUCAGCUGAGCAAGACCCACAUGAAGGCAAGAGAAAGGUUGAAGCUUUGUGGCCAAUUUUUAGGUAAAGAUCACGCACUGGAACAAUUCAGCAGUUUUAGAGUCUAUAUAUAGUUUUAUAUAUAAUAUUUAUAAUAUAGCAUUUGUAAAUAUUUCUGAAUGCUGAUUGACUAAGAGCCAUGUUGAUAUAACUCAAUGUCAACACGGGAAAUUUUCCGCCGCUUGUAAACACAGAAAAUUUUCUUAUCCUUCGGGCUUUUGACAUUGCUAUAUUAUAAAAAAGAUAUAAAUUAAACAUUUUUUCCAUAUUUGAUAUAUAUAGUUUUAUAAUAUAUAGCGUUUGUAAAUUCUGAACGCUGAUGCGCGGAAAAUUUCCCGUGUUGAUAUAACUCAAUGUCAACACGGGAAAUUUUCCGCCGCUUGUAAACACAGAAAUUUUUCUUAAUCCUUCGGGAUUUUGACAUUGCUAUAUUAUAAAAAAAAUAUAAAAAUUUUUUCCGUGUUGAUAUAUAGUUGUAUCAUUCAACACUCGUGGAAGUUGGGAAAACUCGAAAUUGUAUGAAAACACUCCAUACAAUUUCUCGUUUUCCCAAUUCCACUCGUGUUGAUAUAACUGUAUAUCAACACGAAAAAUGUUUUAUAUUUGUUAAAUAUCACUCAACACUCAUGGAAGUUGGAAAAACUUGAAAUUGUAUGAAAACACUCCGCCCUUCGGGCGUCUUGUUUCCAUACAAUUUCUUGUUUUCCCAAUUCCACUCGUGUUGAUAUAACUGUAUAUCAACACGGAAAAUUUUUAUAUUUGUUACUGUCGUUCCAAUUGAAGUGUUGCUCAAAUAUUGAUUCAAUACAUUACCUCGGGCUGACCAAUUCGUUUCAUCAAGUUCCUCGAGAUAUUCAUACACUUCCUGUGAAAGAGCCAAUUCCAAGUAUUUGAUCAUUUCUGGUCACUUCCUUUCUAUUUAUGAUUGGUUAGUUGCACAAACAACAAAGGUGAUUGGUGCAUUCAAACUAUUCAACAGGAAGUUUACAAUUAUACUAGGAAGUGUAUGAAUAUCUUGAGGAACUUGAUGAAAUGAAUUGGUCAGCCCGAGGUAAUGUAUUGAAUCAAUAUUUGAGCAACACUUCAAUUGGAACGACAGUAAAUAGUGCCACGAAUCCCAAAUAUGAUUUUUGGUAUGUGUAAAAUCUUCAUCAACUUUUUCAUGGUCUAAUUGCUAGAUAUAUGAUGUAGACAUCUGAGUUUUGGAGCAAAAGAGGGAAAAAAUUAGCAAUUCAUCUAAUGGCAUUGUUCCGGUUAAGUUCUACAAUGAAAAAUUUUACUAUGAAUGUAUAUUAAAUUUCUCCUAAGUUCUCGUACUUUGCCAUCAUCACUGCUGAAGCAAAUGGCACUUAUCAGUUGCUGAAGGCAGGGUGCGAUAAUUCAAUAUUUUUAGCCGUACCUGGCUGGUACUCCGACAACUUUUGCCGCGUACCUGAUCUGGUACAAACUUAAGAGUCAAGACGUACCUAAGACUAUACUUCCGAGUCAUGCGUUUCUAUACCUACGUAUAAUUUACCGGUCCAAAAGAAAAAAAAAUGUAUGGGCAAUUUUGUACAAGUGAAUCUUUAAUUAUGGUAUUUGUACAACAUAAUAUAACAGUUUUCAAAGCGUCGACGUUGUGAUUCGAACGCCAUCGCUCAUUUACAGUGGAUUUACCGAGGGUGCUAACAGUCUGACAUCAGCUAUAUACAGUGUAGUUUUCCUCAUUGGGCAUAAAAAAACCUGUGGUUCCGGUUCAUAUCGCGAAAAAAUUAGGGUAGUUAGGUGGGAAAUAAAACUUUUUUUUAAUAUUUUUUUCAUGGUUUGGCGGUUUUUUUUUGCUGGGCGAUUUUCAGUGGAGUCCCGACAUCAAUAUUAAGUAGAGAUGUAGUUCCUACGUACGAAUUUAGGCGACCUGGUUCAAUAAUUAUUGACAACAGACGCCAUUUUGGCACGCUGUACGAGCAGCCCGCAACCACCCGGAGAAAAUAGGGUCGCACGGUCAAUCGUGUUGAAAAAAAUAAUAGGGUGGGCAGAAAAAAAUAGGGUCGGUCGAGAAACCAGAACCACAGGUAUUUUAUUUUUGGGCCUUGGUAUAGCAUUGACAAUUAAGCCCAAGUCACACCACACAACGAUAACGAUACGAUAAAUUGUAAACGAGAUUGGUAAAAAAUUAUGUUCGUGUCCACACUACAACGAAAACGAUAAAAUUAUCGUUUGACGAUAACGAUUUUAAAAACGCUCACCCGAGCGAUUUUUUUCAUUCGGACGAUAACGAUAAAUUUUUUGAUCAAGCGCAAAGAUAACCUUUUGGCUUUUUUCAUCCCCAAAUAUGUCGGAUGCGUGGAAUUUACAUGUACAGCUAAAGUUCUUCACGGUUUUGAAUACUUUGGCAGGUUUGCUAGUUAUUGCUAGAAGGAAAAUGUAAGUACACGAAUAGCAAAUUUCCGCGUACCUACGUGGUACUUGCCUAAAAACAAGGAAGUACCAGACCAUAAAUUUGGCGUACCUCCGGUACGUUGGUACGCGAAUUAUCGCACCCUGCUAAAGGAAAUGCUGAUCAGAACCAAAUUAAAAAUUUCACUGUUUGUGUCAGCGAAAAAUUUGCUGACUGGUAAACCGUAAAUCUAUGAUGAGUUAAUGACAUCAUUAGUCUUGUGCAUAGUUUGUAUAACCAAAGCCUUUCCAAAAACUAUGGAAAUUAACUCAACAAAGUUGAAAUAGAAUAUUGGGAUAUACCGUUGUAAAGAUCACAAAUGUCAACAUAUUGACUUUGAAUCACCUUCUUGUCUUUUUGAUUAUUAGGUUUUCACAGCUAUAAAAAAUAUAAAAUUUUGAGAGCAGCGCACUCUAGAGUUAUUGCCAAAGUAAUUUAAAGUAAUUUCAUUAUGUCACUUGCAGAAAAAAUUAGCAGCAAAUUGGCAGAAGACAUUAGGCAAUUAUUUUGGCUGAAGGCAAAAAUAGCUUAAUUAUGAGGACUGCUACUUAGAAUAACACAAAUAUUACACACACCAGAAAUCAUUUUUGGCACUUUAUUCUUUAAGUGGCAAUGCACCCUCACUGAUAUGCCCCUACUUUAUUAUUUUACUCUGUCUAACGCCAGACAAUUUUACUUGUCAAGGGUCCAUAUAGAAAUAAUUUGGUAUCAUUUUAUUUCUGUUCAGAAUUCAUCAUCAAAGAUCAAGAUAUAUUUAUGAUUUAUUUUACAAGAGAAAAGCCAUCAGCAGAGGUCAGUAGACUAAUAUUUAUCAGUUUUAGGCUGUUUGUCCAUGAAGGUCCAGUACUAGCCAUCCUUUUUUGGUCAAAUAUGCCACUAGAGUAGGAAACCUUAAAAAUCCUUCAAGAAUACCGUACAAGGCCGUGGUACAUUCUACAACAAAGUUGGCACACGUUUCAUAGAUGUUGAUGUACAAUUUUUUAAACUAGUUUAAACUUAGUCUAACAAACUGGAAGCAUUUUUCUAAUGCCAAAUUAUAAUCAGAUCAGUGGUGCAACUUUACUUUUUUGACCACUUGCCCUCAGGGCAAGAUGGACAUGAAAAUUAGUUGCCCUGAAUAAAAUUCACUUGCAAUCAGAAUAUGGUAGAUAGGGGGUAUAAAUUAAGGGGACAACAUGUUGACCCGUUCUCCCGCUGCUCUAUAUGGCUACAUUAUACUGCCUCAGAUCUAGCUUUGGCCCACAAAAAACAAAAUUUGAAUUACAACUACAUGCACUGUAAAAAAUUUAUCCAACAAUGAAAACAUAAACUUAAAAUGCCCAGCUUUUUGUGGCAAGGAAACUUGCCCAAUCGGGCAAGCAAGAUAAAACGUUUACUUACCCGUCAUGAUAUUCACUUGCCCCAGGCAAGUGUUAAGUUACACCUCUGCAGAUAACUGCAAUAUUAUAGAAAUUCCUCACUGUGUCAGUGACUAUAAUAUAUCAAGACAUCAACAUUCACAAAAUAAUAUUUUAGAACUGUAUGAAUAUUGUCUAAAAGAAGGAAUAGCUGACAAAAAUCUGAUUGCAAAAUGGAAAAAGUCUGGUUAUGAAAAUCUCUGUUGUUUACGUUGUAUUCAAACUCGUGACACCAAUUUUCAGACAAAGUGUAUUUGCCGAGUGCCCAAAACCAAACUGGAGGAAGUAUGUAUUCAUUUGACUAUAUUAUUCUAGAUUGAAAACAUUGUAUUUAAUUAUUUUAAUUAAGCUUGAUUUCCAGCUGCAAUCUCUAUUACAUACAUAAAAACACACAAGUCGUAACAAACCUGCAGCAGACUUGUAGCAAUGCUGUUCCAACAACUUGUCUGCAGGUUGUGUUCACACUGCUUGUUCCCAGCUUGUUGACAACUUGCUACAAGGUUGUUGAUUCAACUGCAAACACUUCUUUUUGACAAGUUGUGAGAUUUUCGCAUGUGUACGUAAUUUACUGAAAACAUUCAUGAGUUAGUUGACUAGUAAAAUUUACUUGUUAAUUAAUAAAGGUAAUUAUUAGGCAUUAAGAAGUUUUGCCCUAUUUUAAUAUAUUUCACUCUAUUUUAAUAUAUUUCACUGUAUCUAAUUCAUCCAAGAUUUGUUAACAUCUUAAGUUCACUUUCUUAGGGUAAAGUGGUGGAAUGUGUCAUAUGUGGCUGCCGAGGAUGUUCAGGAUAG